AUGGCGAACCAUUUCGACUUUGGCGGACCCGUGUCCGGCUGCACAGGCAGCGUGAAUUUUCUGGCGCAAGUCGACACGAGCGCUAUCGACGAAAUGGAUCCGUCUCUGGCUGAUGGCCACGUUUUGGUGUACUCGAGGGAAGUGCCCUUCGAAAUUCGAUUGCAAGAAACCGCCGCUGGUCUGCCUGGAGACGUGGGCCGUCUGGAGCCCAUUCGCGUGAAAAUCCUCAUUCUCGGAGAGGAGACCAAUCCUCAGCACGUUCGCGUGGAGCUGACGAGCGAAAACGACUUGUUCCUCAACUACACCCACGCACUCAAUGAGGAUCUCUUUCGGCAAAUGCAAGAACGCCAGAAGCUGAUGAUUGAGUUUGCGGACUACCCAAGUGUUCUCAUCAAAAUGUUGAACUCUUGCAUCAAAGAGCCCCACUGCUUCCUCGCGGUUCUCGUCAUGCAGACGACUGGCAAGGCACGGGUGGAUUUCAUCCAGAGCAUGGAGUACAAGUUCAUCGAGUUGUUGUGCCUGGACUGCGUCCAGUCGACUGAAGAAUUUACUCGCCGAGACAUGACCUUCCGAUACAAUGCGCUCAAGAGCAAGCUCGCGCUGCUGCAGGCGCGGCUCCACGACAUUGGGUGCUUGCUCAAACUGAAGAGCCCUUCCCUCCUUCUCCAUCUUCAAAAAGCGGCGCAUCAGCAGGCCAACAGACGCCAACAUGAAGUCACAGCGGCAGCCUCCGUCCCCGGAAAGGCGCGCGUUCCCGGAGCCGCGGACGGCGCCUCCGCUCGCUUCCUCUGA